AUUCACUAAUCAACACAAUAUUGUAGUUAAAUGUUGUUGGAUGUUCGUGUUGUUUGUUUGUAAUUUGUUCAUUGUUUAUUAAUAGUAAUAAUACUGACUAAUCGUUGUUAUUUGUAUGUUUUCUCAAAGUUGUGUGAUUUUAGCUUUUGAAAUUGGUACAACUAACCCAACAAUAUGUUGAAUUUGUGAAAUAAUAAAUUGUUCAAACAUUAGUUAACCAUGUCAAGAUCAUCUGCAGACUCCUUCAUAAGUUCUUCAUCUUCAGAAGAUGCUUUUGAUUUUUUAUUCAAAAUUGUUUUGAUUGGGGAUUGUGGAACUGGUAAAACUUGUGUUGUUCAAAGAUUUAAAUCUGGAACAUUUAUUGAAAGACAUGGUAACACAAUUGGAGUAGAUUUUUCUAUGAAAACUGUCACUGUUGAUGGGAAGAAAGUGAAGUUACAGAUCUGGGACACAGCAGGACAGGAAAGGUUUAGAACAAUAACUCAAAGCUAUUACAGGUCAGCCAAUGGUGUUAUAAUUGUAUAUGACAUCACAAAGCGAUCGUCUUUUCUGGGCCUGCAGAGGUGGAUCGAAGAGGUACGGAGAUACACUGCAUCAAAUGUCAUGCUUGUCCUCAUUGGUAACAAAUGUGAUCUGGAAACGUUACGAGAAGUAGAAUUUGCAGAGGCAGAAGCGAUGUGUGAAUAUAUCCCAGAGAUUUUAUAUGUGAUGGAGACUUCAGCCCGGGAGAACACCAAUGUAGAACAUGCCUUCAUGUGUCUAGCCACAGAACUCAAGCGGAGGCACGACCACAAUGGCUACAUGGAGAGCUCGCCCGGUGACACUGUGAAGCUUGGAGAGAGCAAGGUGGUCAAGAGGUGUAGCUCUUGUAGCUCAUCUUGAGCUCUGUUAACUCGUGUGAUACAUCGGUGCCUUCAAGUGUCUGUUGCUCAUCCCUUAUAUAUGUAUAUAUAACCCCAGUGAUCAACCAAUACAAUCUAUAAAGUUAAUAGUCAUCCAAAGUAACUUGAUUUAGUUUAAGAAAUAAUUAAUUAUGUCAUAAGUAGAUUAAUAAUGGAACUUGGUCUACUUGUGUUUUAAAUUAUUAAACAGGUAACUGAAAAGAAUUAAUUGUAUAUUCAUCAUAUAAUGGUUCUCGUUUCAGUAAGUGAACACUUUUUGUCAUUUUGUCAAGCAAUAAUUGGAGAACACAAUGAUUAAAUUUAGCUAAACAAUUUUGCUGAAUAAUUUAGUUAUCAUGGUAGGUGAUAUAAAUCUUUAUAAUUUAAAGUUCAAAGCACAUAAUGUUUUUUUGUGUUUUAUGUGUAUGAUUUUUAUUUGUUAUAUUUAGUUUUGUACAUAUGUACCCAUUUCUUUAUGUUUUCAAACAUAACAUCAUUCACAUAACUAAUCAUAACGAAAGUUUCUUUAGCUGUUAGGCUGUGAAUUUUUAUCACACAUUUAUGAUGUCCUAUUUAUUUUCAAACAAGAUCUGAUAUCUAAUGUAUUCUCAUCGCUAUUUGCUAUUUUAGUGGUUUUUUUGUGCUUGAGUUAGUCCAUGUUUUACGUUUACUUACAAAUUAGUAUAUGAUAUUCAUCAAAAUUUUAGAAAUGGCAUUUAAUAAAGUAAAAAUUUUUUUGUGUAAAACUUGAACUGAUUACCUAUAUUAUAGAUUAUAGUAAAUUAAAAUUAUUACAAAUAUUUAUAGAACAUUUAUUAAAUGCAUUUUUCUGUAGUAAUAUAGAGUAUUGUGGGUAAAUAAUACACUUUUUAAAUUAGGAUUUUUAAAGUGAUUUUAUUAUUGAUAUGGUCGAACUAAAAACUUGACAAUAACAUUUUACCUUGACGACACACAAGCAUCUUCACAUAUCUCGUAGUUGUUUUAUCUUUAGUACAUAAAAUAACAUUGUUGUCUUUGAUGUAAUCAUCACACAGAUAUGUCUUAGUAGUAGUAAUAGUAGUCUUUUUCAGUAAAACAGUUUUAAAAUCUAGUCCAAUUAAAUAAAUAGCAGAUUUGGAUUUUUGUUUGACAAUAUACUAGGAACUUAAUCAUAUUAUAUUAGUAUAUAAUUAAUAUAUAGUGAGAUGCAUCAUGUUGUAAAUCAUAAUUUCAUUACUAGAAAUAGUUAAUACAUCUUAUACCAAAUAUACAUUUGUACGUUUUCCAACUUUAUCCAACUGUUUUAUGAUCUGUAUCAACUUAAUUGUGGUUUUUUACAAUGAGUUUAUUACAACAAUAAGUUUUGGUAUUUCCCAAAGUAUUAAGAUCUGAUACAUGUAUUUUGUGAUAACUAGGGCUGUGAAAGUACAAGUCAUUUUGACUCUAGGAAGUUGCUAGAAAAAAACCAACUACAACAGAAAAAAUUAAAUGCGUAAUCAUGUACAACUUUUACUAUAAUAAGUACAAGAAACAUGUUUUAGUUUAAAUUUAACUGUUGUAAAGUAAUUUUUCAAAUCCCAAAUAGAAAUCAUAUUUCCACUUUGAUUACUUUACUAUAGUGAUGUGUUAGAAGGUUAUACUUUUGAGAAUUUCUCUUCUUGAGUUGACCAUAUCUUUGAAUCUUGGAACAGUAGAAUCUGGUGAUACUUGCCGUGUCAGUAGUUUUACUAUUGGACAGAAGUCAUGUCCCACCACUUACAGAAAAGUUUGUUGAUAUAAGAUGUUGAAGAUUGUAGGAGAAUUGUCACAUGGCAUCCAAACAAAAUUAAAAUUUACCGUAGUUGAGUGGUUGAAGUCGACUAUCUCCUACAAUAACAUAUACUUGCCUGUAUAACAUCUGUACAAAUUGUUUAUAACACAAGUUGUGUGUCAGACUUUAAAAACACAAACUUUGAUGAAUAUUGACAACCCUAAACCAAUUUUCAGACUUUAAUAUCAACUAAUUAUUUCAAACUGUAUUGACGAUUGUACUGCCUUUGGCUUACUCAAUAAAAAAACUAUUCUAUUCUAAGUUAAAAUCACAUACCAUUAACAUGAUUAUUUAAAUGUUCAGUUCAAUAAAAACUGAAACAUAAUAAAGGCACCACGUGUAUAGUGAGCUUCUUUUCAAUUUCACAUGUUAUAAAAUUAAGUCCUGAUAUAGUUGGUGUCAGUUGAAAAAAUCAAGUAAUUGAGAAUAGUGAAAUACCAGUCCUGCAAAUGGUGCAAGUAAACAAAUUAAACUUGUUUGAUAUCUCAAACCUUUAAGUUAUAUACUGAACUAACAUUAUUAUACAUUUCAAAUUAUUUGUAUUCUUUACUGAGUAAAUACUUUGUUAGUAAUAUUUAAUGAGUUCUAGAAACUUCAAAAGCAAGUCAAGUGAACAAUUAAGCAUUAACAUCACAUACAGCACAAAGUUAUAUAGUUUUCCAUCAAAGUUAUAUUUUAUGUUAAUUCGUGGAACAAAUAAAAAAACAAUUAUUAUACACAAAAAAUACUUCAUCAAUAUUAUAAUUUAUCAUUCUUUUUAAAAAUAAACUAAACAUAAAAUUAUAAUUUAUUCGACAAACCUGUAUUUACAAUAUGUAAAAGAUUUUUAUGAGGUUGUGUGAUAACUAUGUACAAUCUCUUAUUUAUUUUUUCUGUUUAAGUCAAUAACACUUUAAUAAAUAUGUUAAAUAUGACAAAAAUAUAUAUCACCAACAAUACAAUUAAAAAUACACAAUUUUGAAUACAUUACCAAAAUACAAACAAACAUGCAGAACACAAAACUUUUAGUAUGGUUUAAUUAUGGCCAGUACAAUAUACACAGAAUACAUAAAAAACUGAUGUUGUUAUUUAUAUCUGGACAACUCAGUGGAUGUUUCUUGAUAUAACUAGAAAUGUUCCUAUAUAGGGAUAAAGUGAUAAGUUGAUUGAUGGGUCUAAUUUACUGUGGAAGUUGAUUGCUGGAGUGGUCGAGGCUUCCUCAGUGUUACAAGUAUAGGCAAAGUAAAAUGUUUGCUAGGGAGGAAGAACCCUCUCCUCCCCACUGUAACAGGGCUGGCCUACCAUUUGUAUAGUGACAUAGCUGAGAUAGUGAGAUGGUGACUGUACCAUGGGAUCGUAGUGGAGACAGUCCCAACUCUAGAAGCCUUAAAAGAUCUUAAGUUUAUUAGAGGUUAGGAAACAUAAUAAAAAAAAACAUCUAAUACAGCUAUCAUAAGCGGUUUGCUGGUAGUCUAUAGUGAUAGUAAUUCUACGGUAAAUACAUAGAAAUCAGAAUUUAAAUCAUACAUAUGAAUUAAUAUGUAUCACUUCUUCCCUGCUUAUUUACGGAGUGGAUUAUCUCUUAAAGUGUCCAUUCUAUGAAAAUGUUUCCACAGAUAUCUAUACUCUGUGGUUAUGCCAUGACAGUAACAAUACUUUAUGGUAGUUACUCUUGUUAGAAAGCACUACGGAGAACCUGCUUUGUGCGUUGCCAGGCUCUCCUAAUUUCCAGUAUUAAUGCUACUUUUUCUAUCUUAAAACCAUCAGUAAGUAAUUAAAUCCCUGCUGAAGAAAGGCUCUUCUUCCCUUCAACUACGUAUCUCUGGAAGGGAUCACUACCCUAACGGGUUUUAAAAUAAAAAGUCAGGGAUCAUAUAAAAACCGUUAUCUCCUUGGAUCACCAUGGCUAAUAUUAUAAUAUUCACUGCUUCAGCCAGAGACCAACCAGUGUCCUUGCGGAAAAUGAUAAGUACUCCUCUUGACCAUUGCUUAAAUCAUAAUAUUUAGGGAAGCAAUGUUUCUUUUGUUCAUUUGUAACAAGAAGCUAGGAAACCUUUCAUUACACUAAGUUCUUUGCACUUGCUUCCAGAGUGACAGGAUAUUCAGGAUAAGUACAGUUGCCUCCUGUCGAGAUCCCACGUUACAUCCACUAUGGGAAUGUUACAUCCAUAAUGGGCACUGUAUUUUAGUCAUGUCACCUUGGAAGAAAGGAACAUUAGCUCUGUUCCAGCCUCUUCAGUUACAGUAGGUAGGGGACAGUUCUGCUUCAUGUUUUGGCUUGCAACAACACUAAGGGAGUUGCACCCACCUCCGCAGUAAACUAUCAAUAAAUCCUUUUACCUCAAUAUUUUCAUAUUGGUACCUGGAUGACAGCAAGGUUAAGACAGCAGUCCAAAAUAGCAUCUUGAGCUCUUGGGCUCCAUUGAUCGCUAGGCAGAUCAUCCACUUAAUACCGGCUAUUUUGGUUUCCUGUGGCAAUCCUGUGGUUUCUGUUUAGAAUAAAAACCCAGAUACCUCACUUCAGAACUUUCAGAACCCUAAUCACAGAACCUUUUAGCAAAAAAGAACCAAUGCCUCUUAGUUCAUAUCUUUUAGUAAAUAUGCUAGGAAUAGCCUUGACUGGAUUUAAACUAAAGCCAAUCCUGUCUUACCAAUUUCCCUCCAGUUCAGAGCACCAUGCAGCAACUCAGUGAAUAAGUGUGUAUAAAAUGUGGAUUUCGGGUGAUACCAAUUAAAUAAUGAAAUCAACAAAUAUUUGACAAUUGCCAUGAUGGUAUGAAGAAAAUUUGGUGAACUGAACCUAUUGAGGCGCUGCUUUGUUUUGAAACUAAUAUGUUAUUCGUUAUAAGGCCAAAAGUAAUUUCACAGCCCUGUUUUGAGUUUGAUUAUGUUAUUUAAUGAAAAUUAUUAAUAUCCUAUUAUAAUGUAUGUUUCUCAGUACAUAUAGACAAGCUAUGCUAGACACUUUUAAUUGUUUCAUAGUGCUUUGAGGGUUAAAUAUAAGUUCUUUCAUUUAUAGAGAGCAGUGUUUUAGAAGUAAUUGGAUAAUUAUCACUAUAUAUUGACUGACAUGAACUCAAACUUACAUUGCCAAACCAGAUCUGAGUAACCUAUAAGGCUCAUGUAAUUCAUUGACUAACCAUAUUGCUUUGGAUUCUAACGGCUUCUUCACAUUCACAUUUAUUUUCUCUGUUAACUGUCACUCUGAAUUUAAUUUUGUUGUAACAUAAUUUCUUAUAGUAGUAAUUCAUUUUAUUUAUUAACUUAUCAGUAUUAUACUUCAAGCAGGUGUGAUAUUUAACUUCAGACCAAAUUGACAAGAUUGUAAACUAGAAUAUUUAUAUUUUGUUGUAAUAUUGUAGUUUUAGUUUUUAGUAAACUUCAGUUGCAGAAUUGGUCGGAGGAGACAUUUUGGUUUGUUGUAUCUGUUCAAAUAAUUAAAGCAAUCAUACCAAGGGAAAAAAUCUCAUUCUCUACAGAUCAAUAAUUAGAACCAUUAAAUGUAUAUUUUUGUACAUUUAAUGAAGACAUGAGGCUCUGGAUUUUUAAGUUAUGGUUGGUAGCUUCCCUACGACUAUUUGGAACAUCACCAUCAAGUAUUAAAAUAUCAAUUGCUUUAAAUGGUCAUUUCAAAUACUAUUUGACAGAAAUAUAGAAUUAUUGCUAAUUCUUGAAUUUUAUUUCAGAAGAGCAACUCAAAAGAAAAAUAUUUUUGGUCUUAAUCAACAAGUUUUUGUUCUGUUGAAUAUAUCAUAACAUGUAUGUGUAGAAUAUUUUAAUUUAAUCCUAAAUCAGUUGUAAUUUAUGUCUGUAUGAUAAUGGUAAACUUAAAGUGAAGAAUAUAAUAAAUGUAUAAAUAAUCAAUAUUUGAGUCAAGCUUUUUUAGUCAGUAGUAGUUGCGAUUUAAUUAGAACAGGUAACAGUUUUAGAUCAAGGAUAUUUAAAAUUUUAUUAUUAUGUUUAUUUUUAUAUUUAUUACUGGGCAAGUGUUAUUAUAUUCAUGUGACGAUUAUUUAAUUAAUUAGUGAUGAAUGUUGAAUACACACGCUGUGAAAUGUAGAUCUCACCAUGAAGUCUCAUCAAAUUGUUUUGUUGGCUACGGAUGCAGUUUUAUUGUAAAGAUUUACUAACAAUAAAAAGUAAGUAAUUCUUACUCUAGUUCUGUAGCCGUGUGAACAAGGAUCUUAGGAUACAUGAUACUUCUGCAUAGCUGUAUUACCCAAGUCUAGUAGUGCUGUAAAGUUAAGUGGAAAAUAAACAGACUAUAAACUAUUUACUGUAAUUCAAUUUCUGGAUGCAAAAAACAUAGAAGCUUAAUUGUGUACUAAUAGAGCGGCAUAUCAGACAAUAUUGGGAAUGAUAAUGCAGUAAGAAAAUGAUGCUGUAUGUUUCAGAGAAGACGAGAGUAAAUUGCCUUUUAUGUUAAAUCAUUGGGAACAAUUAUUUUAAUUGAUAAAAUGGAAUGCCACUUAAUGUUUGCCUCUCCUCCACAUGAGCUCAAAAAGUUGUAAGAUAAUAUUUACUACUAAAUACUCAUUUUCACCACCAAAAGAGAUCUUGAGCCUGCACAUUUGCCUUCACGAAAUUACAUCAAAUUUCUGAUCAGUUCAUGCAUUACCCCAAGAAUGUCAAGUACUAAAUAAACUGAUUGUGAAUAACUUAAUGGAAAAAUGCCCUGAUUUCAUUAAGGGGACAGUUUACAACUAUUUUUCUGCAAUCUAAUUAAGCCUAAAAACUAGCAGCUAGCACACAAAGGCAGGUUUUAAAUAAGAGUUGAAUCAUCACUCUCCAUACAGCACUGGUUUGAUAUCUAUUAAUUUCAUCUGUUAUCGGUAUGAUCAAAAAGUUUGAAGAUGUUGAUGUUAAGAAAGAGUCUCAAGGUGUGGUUCAGCUCACAGAUGGUAAUUAUGUCAACAGAAAUAGCUGAGUGUUGCAGCAUUAAGUUGUAUAGGAUAAAAAGCUCUCAAGAUAUUGGCCGUUUUAUAAACGAACAGGAGUUGCUUUCUGAACACAUCUGGAAAUAUCUGAUCAAAAUGCCCGUAUUUGCAAGUGUUCCUGUGAUACAUAAUUUUAUCAGAAGAAACUAUUGUUACUUAACUCCAUAAUACAAUAGUUAUCUGAACAUAAUUACAUAUUUAAUGCAGUAUUUCUAUAAUUUACUUGCUGCACAACAGUGCUUUAAGGUCAUCAAGUUACUCAUAAAGUUUGGGGUCUAAGUAUGAAAAACUUUUCUCUCUAAUGCAGUGCUAUAAGGCACAUACAGUGUCUUCAACAUUCAUUGCUAAUAUAAAUUGACAUUUACCUUUUACCUGCUUUAUAACUGCUUGUUACUAUGCUUUGAGAAAUAUUCCAUCAAGCAUGAUUUUGGGACAUAACCAGAGUUCAUACCUAGAUGUUCUACAAGUAAGACCUGCACUAUUGCCUGUUUUAUAUUAUUAACCCUCUGACAGCUAUUAUCAAUUUCACUGCACAUAUAAAUAGUGAAGACAACAUAAGUGCUAGUCAGAAAGGGUUAACUUUUUACAUUAAAUUCAUCCAUUUUGUUUUAGCUCUUUAAAAGUUGUUUAAAUCCAACCUGAAAUUAAUAUUUUAUCUAUUAUUUGGACAAUUGAAUACACCAAAUAAUGAUACCAACCACAUUAAAUAUUUAUUUUUGAGGAUAUAUAUGUUAUUUCAAAUUUUAUAGCUUGUUGCUACUUUACAGAUUUUGCACUAAAAUUGGCUUAGAAAAUUGAAAUACAAUAUCCAAAAGUAUAAAUAUAGGUAUUUAUGGUAAAACAUAGUAAGAAAGUACAACAGUUAAGUUACAAGCUGUUUUAGUUCCAUGACAUGAGAAAUGUUCAUGCUAAUGCUAUUAUAUUGAAAAAUUAAAUUACACAGCGCUCAAACAAUAAAAUGUAAGAAUUAUUAAAUGGUUGUGCAUAUGUGAAGUGAAGCAGGAAAAAAUGGCUGAACAGAAGAUUAUGGAUGAGAAAUUGCAUUUUUGAUUUUUGUAAAAAUUAACUCUCAGCACUUUUACAAAGUUUGAUAUUGCUAAUUCUGUAAAAAAUUGAACACGAGAGUAGAAAUUUGCAUCAAAGAAAAAAUAUUUAAAUUAUUGUACAAGGAGGUGAUUACUAAAUUUCUCAAAGACAUUAGUCCACUGUUCAUUGAUAAAGAAAUUCAUUUAUGUAUGUAAGUAUGUAUCUAUUUUAUUUUGUAUCUCUUACUUAAAUAGUAAAAGGUUAUAAAAUAAAACAACCAUUCAUAAAUACAUGAAGUCUUAUACUAAACAUUUGUAAAUAAUUGGGAAUUUUGUCUCUAGGGCAUUUAAUAUAAUAUAAAGUUUUUAGAGCUGUAAUUAUGACUAUAACUUGUUAAGGCCUUAGUUAAAAAAAAAACAAUUUGUUAUGUUUAUGUAUUAAUUUGUUAAUAUUCUGUUUUCAGUUAGCUUUGAACAAUUUUUAACUUCACUAAACUAUUAUGCUAGACAAUCAUGCUUCUCAUGUAAUGUUGUGCUGUUUACCACAUAUUAGUGCCUUGGUUGUGCUUCAGUGUUAUGUUAAACAAUUUGUUGUUACUUACUCCGUUGUUAUAAAUAAAUAAAUAAUUUAUUCUAAA